UGUGUGUGUGUGUGUGUAAUGAACCAGGUUAGAGCUGUGACGUCAGCAGGGACUCGCUCGACAGGAGACGUUUGAAGCAGACGAACUGGACGUGCGGCUCAUUUCCCUGGAAUUUGUUUCUCUCAGAGGAACAACAUGGCUGAAAUACACAGGAAGAAAUGGGUUUUCCCUCAAAGACCGGCGACUGAAGGAAACAGAGCAAGUGUCGGCUCGGAGAGAGACGCUCACAGAAGUCUGGCGGUUCCCUUCAGAGGUCACAUCAGCGGUGGGAUGUGUCCGGGGAAGAAGGUGGUGCUUGUGGGUGUGGUCGCCUCCCGUCCUGACAGGUUUUAUGUAGCUCUGACGUGUGGGCGCGGGACAGCCGGGGAGCCCCCCCCCGACGUGGCCCUGGAGCUGUGCGUGCGCUUCAGGGACAGACAGGUCCUGAGGAGAGCCUGUGUCGGGGGGGCGUGGGGGGACAUGGACAGAGCCCUGCCUUUCUUCCCCUUCAUCCGAGACCAGCCCUUCAAGAUGGAGCUUCACUGUGAACACGCUCGCUUCCGAGUGUUUGUGGACGGACAGAAGCUGUUUGAUUUCUCCCACAUACUGACGUCACUCGAAGGAAUCGACACGUUGUGGAUCAAAGGAAGCCUCACCAUCACUAAACUGGCAUAAAAAGCACUGGUGAACACCCCCACCACCCACCACCCCCUC